AUGGACGACGUCCUGGCCGGCCUCAUCGGAUGCUCGGCAUCCACCCGCGCUAACGUCAGCCAGAACAAGGGCAAGAGAGCGAAGCGCGUGCGAUGGAGUCAGCCGGAGGUUUGCGCACUGCGUACCGGCGUGGCAAGGUAUGGACAAGGGAGGUGGGCCGUUAUUUUGAGGGAGUUUGCCAAUGACUUUCAUCCGUGUCGCAUCUCAGUCGACUUGAAGGAUAAGUGGCGCAAUUUGUUCAAGUCGCAAAAGACCCUGCUGGUUGCUCACCCGGACAAGCUCACCCAGCCCCAUGUCGCGGGGCAUCCAUCCGAUCGAAAGCCUAUCCAACCGCAUGUCGGGCCGGUCCACACCACGCCGGUCAACGACUCCUUUGCUGUCGUUGAGCAAACUGCCCCGCCGAUGCACCACGCCUCGCGCCAGCCUGACGACACCCCGCCGCAGGAGCACGUCAAUGUCACAUGCGAGUAUGGCCAUGAGCAGCCGCAGUCGGACGCCGACGACCAGUACGUCACUAUUGAUCAUUCGCAUCACCAUGACAACCCUCACGAUCAUCAUCACUUUCACCACCAUCACCAUCAUCAUCAUCAUCACCUCACUGCGUCCCACGAGUAUCCAAACAACGUUCCGAAUGCUCGUGCUAUUGACCAUGACCCGACUUUUAGUGAGCAGGUCCUCGUCGCCCAUCACACGGACCCCCAUCACGCCGACCCCGUUGCUCAUCUUCAUCAUCAACACCACCAUCCCGCCAUCCAUAGCACUGAUCACGACAAACACCCUCCGGUUGAAACCCAUGACCAGGACGGUAAGGAGGUCGGCACCGCGGAUGUCCCACACCGAGAACAUGUUCAUCACGCUGACAAACAACAUUCCGAGCCGCAUCAUCACUUAGAUCACGAGCAUCGAAGCUCAGACAUCCCGCACAGCUCCCAUCCGCCAGAAAGUGACUCUCCUCAAACUGACGAACACCAGUCGGGUGCGCAUCAACUCCCUGCCGUGGACGGCGACGACCAGUUGCACCAUAUCCACGGUGUCGCAGGGCAAGCGACAGAGGUCGAAGAUGCCUACCAAGAUCAUCCUGAUCAUGCGCCACACACUGACCACGUCCACGAGCACGAAGACGAGCAGCAAGCGCAUCUUGCCGAGUCAGAGCCGCAAGAGAUUGGAGCGCAAUACCACUGUCCCAAUCAUAGCCCAGCAGUUCAUAGUCAUGAGCAUGUCGCGCAUGACAGAGCUGAAAGCCCAAAUAGGGACGCUGCACAUCCAGUUGCAGACAGUGAACUUGUGGGAAGUGAAGAGCAUGUUUUCGAUAAUGUCGACACUCACGACCAUCACCCAGGCCAUGUACCAGAUCACGCCACUGACCAAGCCGUAGGUCGAGCGAUUGUGUUCGAAGAUGAGGACCGCGACAAGGCUGGCGUUUUAGCGAAAGGGCACGGAAGCCACCCAGACCCAGACUUGGGAGGGUAUCAGCCCGAAGGGCAGAACAGGAGUAAUGCAACGGCAGCGGAGGCAGCGGAUGAUAAACUGGAUAACGCAAUCACCGAAACAGGACAGGAGCACGCUGCGGACGGACAGGAACUGGUAGAUGAAGGCAUGUCGCAGCCAAAGGUAUCGCAGGAGGCAGACGAGUCCAAUGAGCAGCUUCAGGAAUCAGUCCAACACGGAGUGGAGGACACCACAACAGAUGGGCUAGUGUGUAAAGAUGAAUUAGACGAGUAUUCUACUGUGGCGACUGAAGGUCCAACAGGGGACUCGAGGAAAGCAGAAGAAAAUGAUGUCAUCAUCCAUGUGGAAACAGAUGGAACCACAAAUGCGGCAGAACGUGGUGUCAGGAAUGACAUAGGGCUAGCAACUUCCGGUGAAAGCGAACCUACGUUUGAAAGUAGCAACGCUGUUGGUGCUGUAGAGAUAGAGCAGGAUGAUAGUGACAUAGCGGGAGAAGCUUUACAUGUGGAGGAACAAGGCACAGAUGUGGUUCCGAAGAGUUUUGAAGUCACAAAGGGCGCAUCAACAUCUGAUAUGGUGGAUGUCAAUGAAACAGAGGCGGAAACUAUGGACCGUGAGGAUGCGGGCUCGAGCUCCGUUGACGACGGACGGCUAAGAAUGACGGCAAGUCAAGUAAUAUCAGAGCAAAGAGGAUUGAAGAGAGGUCGUAACCUGACGGGCGCGGAAGAGCAGGAAGGGUCGGGAGAGGAUUCUGAAAAUAUCGGUUUUUCAAGAAAAAAAGGCAAGCAAGAGAGUGAUGCAAAACCUCAUUUCUUGGAUGAUGAUGUAACCAAUGAAUGGUCAUCGGGGCCACCACUCCCACAGUAGGGCCACCAACAGAAGGUCCACUAGUCCCAUCACGACUCUCUUUACACUUGGGAGUGUGAGUCGAGCCUAAUUUUCUACUGUAACAAGGGAAGCCGCAAUCUUCUACAAUAACACUAAUCACUAUUUCGCUACCCCUUCUCGCCAUCUUCCUAGCUACGCCGAAGAUCACAAAACAUGCCUUACGGCAGUCAGAGGCGAUGACGCACUGCAAGUCCACCCCGCGCCGCUGUGACUUACCGAGUCAUGCAAGCGUUUCGCCAGCAUAGAAAACAGAAAAUGUACAUGCAAGCUCAGCGACGAUACGGGCUCGGACUGACCCCAGCGAAGGUCAGGUGCCCGCAACAGUCGUGCCUGCCUGCAUGUGCAUAUAGAGGUACAGAGAGAGGCGAGAAAAGUCACGCAAAAUGGCGAUGACAGGGUCGGUAAAAACCACCUGUCCACAAUGCCACAACGAGUGUUAUGUAAGUAAAAACGGAGCUUCACGGAACAUCUUAGUCGUCGCUUUCGUCGUGGCUCUCGUCGAGACUUUUCUUUUGUUGAGACCUGCGAUAGUUACUCAAGCGGACGGACAAAUCUUGGAACUCAGCCUUGGUAAAAUGUGUCGUGUUGUGACGCGCUGAUGCAAAGUCGGCCAUGGCGUCAACUUCGUCCUGCGCGAGGUUGAUGCCGAAUGCAUGCAAAGUCUUUGCGAGCUCCCUACUGGAGAUGAUGCCUGUGUGCUCGGUAUCGAGCACGUUGAAGAUGUCAUCUUCAUUGAUGUCCUGGUAGGUAUCGUAGACAGCGAAGAAGUUGAGGAAAUGUUGGAAAUUGAGAUAGUCGGGGACGCGUUGUCCCUUAGGGGUGCCUGCGGCCUCCGCGAUGAGGUCUCGAAGCUGUUUGUCGUUGGGGCGCUGGUCGCCGAGAAGUUCAAUAAUUUGACCAAAUUCAUUGAGAUGGAUGUUGCCAUCCUUGUUGAUAUCGAAGAGGUUGAAGACGUACUUGAAGUCGGAGAUGGCGCGGGUGGUGAUGUCGUCUUCUGAGAGCUUGGCGUAAGUGCGAGGCAUUUUUUCGCGGUAAUUAACGAGAUGGAAACGUACAGUGCAGAAAAGAUGGCCGAAGCAGAGUGUGUAGUCUUUUAGCACGAGGUGACGGUGGUAACGGGUGUGCAAAUGCUGUCUUUGAGUAGAGGUUUGGAUGAUGUUACGCGUAGAGUGUACACACAGUUACAGGAGAAGAUGAAUGCCGUUUGUAGUUGUUUAUCGAAGGGGAUACACAGAUGAAAACAAACAAAAGAAAA